AGAACGGCUGAGAAAUAUACGGGGUGACCGGGUGAUCGUGAGUCGGCAAAUCAUUGCUGAGCUGCCUACAGCCAAAAUACAUCGUGAAGUUUUCAAUCUGUUUAGCAUUUUACAAAGUUUAGAGGUGAGACGGCCCAUAUACCGGUAUAUACGGUAUAACAAGAUGGCCUCUUUAGGUCCAUGCUUGAUGAAACUGAACAAGAAGAAUGACAUCUGUACUUUCUCUCUGUGGUGGUAAUAAUAUGAGAUGGAACUUAGUAUAGAACAACUGUACCCGUUUAUUCUGGUAGCUGUAUUCAUCUUGGCUCUUAACAUCCUAUUCUGCUGUUACCUCAUGAAGUUGAGGAGAGAAGGCCAAAUUGAGAUGGGAUAUAGGGAGGUUGGAUACUCCCAGAAGAUGACUAAUGAUACUUGUGCUGUUUGUUUAGAAGAGUUCAAGCAAGGAGAACGAGUAGGACAGUGUCCAUGCAGGCAUAACUUUCAUAUCGGCUGUGUUUCAAGAUGGCUUGACGCACAUGAGACCUGUCCUAUAUGCCAGACCAGGGUAAGACAAAAUAGAGUGACAGAGCGCACAAGACUGGUUUCCGUUUCAAUUGAUACAUGAUGUCCAUGUGUCAUUCAUGGUCUAUCAUGCUACCCAUUGGACUGCAAAGGAAGCCUAGGGCUGGAGCAAGUAGAGACAGGUUGAGUGCUCUGUUCACCCACUUCCAUUGGCUAUGAAUUAAUGGACUAGCCAGUAAGUCCUGCAACAUUGUAAGAUUAUUGGAUUCGUCUUGAACCUAUUGGACCAUAUUGGCUUCGGACCAGAUGAGAGACGAGAUCCAAUAUCUGUAAAGUAACUUCAUGGAGUGCCUGUAGGUAGUUCUAGCUAUUACAUUGCAGCAGGGUUGAAAAAGCACAAACUAUUAUGGAGUGGUAGUGAAUCGUCAACCUUCCCUACUACUACAAUGGAAAACCAACAUCUCACAAAUACUUACACCAGAGGAGUGUUCCAUAAAGCCUAUUGCCAAUGAUUUUUACUGACAAAUGUGCUCUGAGCCAGCAAAUCAGAUGCAAGGAUUUCAGUAGCUUAUAACAUCGUAUAUAAAUAAUUAGAUUAGAUUGCAGAUAUGAACCUGCAGCCUUAAAGGGAUGGUCCAGGCUGAAAAUAUUUCUAUCAAAAUAAAUAGAAUAAAAUUCACAGAGCUAAAUGCUGAAAAUCUUAUCAAAAUCGGAUAACAAAUAACAAAGUUAUUGAAUUUUAAAGUUUAUCAAUAUUUUGUGAAAACAGUUAUAUGCGCAUCGUCAUGAAUAUUCAUUAGGUUGGCUGAUGAUGUCACAUUCCCACUUUCCUUUUUCUUAAUAUGUUAUUAUAUGAAAUCAUAAAUGUUUCAUUAUUUCAUACAUGCAUAAAUGAUGUGUCUGCAUUAUGAUGAAAUAAGUUGCGGCAAUAAAUAACUAAUGUACUUAAUCAGUUGUCAAUCCAUUGUUUUAGUUCUUGGUAUAAAAAUUUUGAACAAACCUAAUUUCAUAUAAUAAAUACAAAAGAACAAGUGGGGGUAUGACAUCAGCCCACCUAAUGAAUAUUCAUAAAGACAUGCCUAGAACUGUUUCACCGGAAUAAUGCAAAUCUUUAUAAUUCAAUAACUAUGUUAUUUGUUAUCCGAAUUUGAUCAAAUUUUCAGCAUUUUGCUUUGUGAGUUUUACUCUAUUUAUUGAGAUAUAAAUAUCUCCAGCCUGGACCAUCCCUUUAAGAGUGGCACUUCUCAACUACUGAGAACUGGCUAGGUUUCUAACCCAUAUGCAAUAUUCUGAGCCAUGUGAUCUUGUGAAAUAGGCUCUUUUUAAUGAUAAUGCAAUAUUUCACUACUAAAUGCAUAAUACAGUGCUCAGUAAUUAUGUUACCAAAGCAUAAUGAUUAACAAGGAACUUUCCUCUCAGGACAUUCUAGUUUCUCUCAUUCUUUGUAUUAAAGGUCAAGUCCACCCCAGAAAAAAGUUGAUUUGAAUGAAUAGAGAAAAAUCAAACUAGCAAAAUGCUGAAAAUUUAAUCAAAAUCGGAUGUAAAAUAAGAAAGUUAUGAAAUUUUAAAGUUUUCCUUAUUUUUCACAAAACAGUGAUAUGCACAACUCAACUGAGGCAGUCGAUGAUGUCCCUCACUCACUAUUUCAUUUCAUUUUAUAUAGAUUUGACAAUAAGGACUGAAUCAUAUAGUAUUAAACAAUGGUCACUCCACAUGCUCAGGAGGAAUUAAUCGUUAUUUCACUAGACAAUAAGGAGAAAAAUAGAAUAUUCCCUAUUUCAUAUAAUAAAGUACAAAAGGAAUAGUGAGUAGAUGACGUCAUCAGUCUCCUCAUUUGCAUACCCACCAGGAUGUGCAUAUAACUGUUUUAUGAAAUUAAGCAAAACUUUGAAAUGUCAUAAGUUUCUUAUUUUACAUCUGUUUUUGAUAAUUUGUUCAGUGUUAUGCUUGUUGGAUUUUCUCUUUUUAUUAAAAUCAACUUUUUGUUGGGAUGGACCUGUUCUUUAAUAUUACAAGAACAAAAUAUAGUAACCCAUAUCUUAUUGUUCGAAAAUAGAAAUAAAAAAGUAGAAGUCCUCAGAAAAUUAAUUUUGCCCAAUUGAUUGUUGGCCAGCAGCCACUGAUCAGUGCCAAAUCGACAUUGCUCUGUCCCUUCUCUCAAAAGGUAUAUUUUAAGACUAGCCAUUUAUUACACACAGUCAAUGAGAGACCAUGCAGUGCUGGUGAUAGUUCGCUCCCCCUUUGAUGUUACAUUGUAAAUUAAAAACAAAGCAUUUGUUUUGAGUCCUGUAUAUGAGUUUUGUUCAAAGCCACUCAUGUCUGUAACUGACGAGAGUGAGUAUGUGAUCUGUGUGCACUUUUAUGCAGGCCGCUCCCAGGCCUGGCAACUACUUUUUUUUAGACAAGUUACCCCUUUUUAAAUAAUUUUUGUCAACCAAAAAGAGGAGCACUCUGUUUGUCCAUUUAUUUAUAAAAAUAAAUCAGCCCAUACAUGUACCGGUAUAUGUGUUUGUGUGAUGGGGUAUGGGUUGUGUGUAUGGUAGUAAGAGUAAUAUAGUGUUUCAACACUUGUAAUUUCUCAAUGUUUAAAUAUAAGAAUGCUAAACAUGUCUUCAUUUAAAAAAGUGAGAGAGAGAGACACACCUGCAUGCCACAUGAAUAGGAAUCCUUUUUUUUUUUUUAUCAAACGUUGGCAGGCCUGCACUCCUAGCAGAAAUCAUUGGUGUGAUGCGUAGACUGUGAAUGUUGUGAAGUUUGAAGUAAACAUUGUAAUUCCCACUUUUAAUCAGUUUCAUGUCGACUUUCCUAUAGCUGCCACUCUCAUAAGUUAUGAGAGUGACAGCUAUAAGAAACAGACCUUUGAUUAUGUUUAGAUUAUAGACAUGAGGGAACACUGUUAGCAUAUUUUUUUAAUUCCAAGUGAAGAUGAAAUAUGUAGGAUACAUCUAUAUAGACUGAAAAAAAAAUGAAAGCUUACAAGAAAUGAUUUAUCAUUUUACAUAUUUUGAGGAUACUAGUUGAGAUUUUUUACUCAUACUUAAACAAAAUCGGAAAUAAAUGUGUUAUAGCAAUUCUAACCUGAGAUUCUAAGAUUACCAGAGUUGUUAAUUUUAUAAAUUUGUAUGUAAGAGGCCCCAGACGUUCAUUCAAGAAGAGAACAAUGGAUGCCACCAGAUAGACGGGUAAUUAUGGCUUCUAAAUAUUGAUUUCCUGUCAUUUCUUAGAUUAAUAGCAAACAAAUAGGGCCUAUACCAGACUUUGAGAAAGUACUACGAGAAUUUUAUCCAAAGUUUAAAUGGUAAUUACUGUACUUCCCUGUAGUUAUGAAUAAAUGAUUCCUACUCAUGGUUUAAGAAGAAAAACCUGUAAGAUUUGUUUUUAAGUUUGAAAGAUAGAUCUUGAUAAUAUUUUUCCUAGUUUAUCCACGCCCCCCCAAUCUUGACAAAAUUCAUUCAGCCACUAUACUCGAUGGAAUUUGAUUUAGUAUCUGUGAUGUCACGUCCGAAGUUUUACCCAGUGAAGACAGUUAGCUGUUUGGCAUGCCUGAUGAAUUGCAUGAUUUAAACCCCCAAUAAUUUGCAUGCACAGUUCUUUUCAGGAAAAAAGAAAUAGUCUAAAGUAUAAGGAUUUCUUGCAGAGGUUUGUUUUUUCCUUCAAAUAAUCUUAUGUCAUUCGAACACCAAUCUAUUAAUUACAGUACUCAUUAAUAUUCAUGAAAGUGAUAUAUUGUUAAUGUUUGCAAUGUUUUAUGACUGCCUGGUAUAUAUUUUGUUUAAGAAUAAUAUGAUCAUUGUAUAAUUCUGUCUUCCACCUUUUUCUAUUCAAAAAUUUGUAUAAAAAAAACAAAAUAAAUAAAUUAAAAAAGCAAUUAUUUUGUGUUUCAAUCAUAUUUGUAAAUUGAAUACUUCUUGUAUCCGAUAUCAUAUGAAUUUUGUUGAUAUUUAUGAAUGUAUAGUUUGUACAAAGGAAUAUUUUAUGUUGGAACAAUUGAAAUCAGAGAAGUUAGAAAGGAAGGGAGAGAUUGGGUGUACAAAUAUCUUUGACAAUCAAGUGGUUCUGUUAUGGUUUGUUGAAAUGAAAUGUGACUUAGCAGUCAGACAAAUAAAAAAAUGUUUAAAAUAUUACUAUGUAUUUUUGUUUAUUGGGAUUAUCAUUCGUACAUUAGAGCAAUUCCAUAGAUUGUGAAUUUCCAACCCCC